AUGUCGUCCAUAUCGCGACGUAUGGUUCUCGUCGCGUCGUCUGUAUCACUCCUCCUCUUCAUCGCAAUCUCGCUAGCGACCGCCAUCGAAGUACGCGGACCAACGCCACAAAUCAUACAGAUCAAUUUCGCGCAAGCUGCAAGAGUUGGAGAUGGGGAUGACGUUGUUGCGGCAAAAGCGCUGUUGAACGGCACAGACUUCGAUCGCGGUGAUGUGUACAAUGGCAGUACCAUCGUAUCCGGAGCGACGCUAGUACCCACAACAAUGACCGAAACCCAGGAAGGAUUGAUUGGCUUCACCCCGGAACCGCAGACGAGUGCCAGUUGGAGCGCUGAAGGCGUCUUGGGACCAAUAGCUACGCCUACACCAUCUGCCGCGCCGGUGCCUCGACCACCGACCACUCCUCAAAUACCGAUCCUUGCCCUCACAUACGCGGGUGCAGGUGGGCCUAAGCACUGUCGCGGCGAACUCCUACAGAAGACAUAUUUUCCGCCACCCCUCGAGAAAUGGAAGAACGGUACUUGCAUCACUCUUCCAAGCGAAGCGCGAUGCGGCGUGUUCUAUUCGAACAAGGGCGACAACUGUGAAGCGCAACUGUUCAACAUGCCAGAUUGUUACAACACAACGCGAUCAUACGUGAACACAGUCGUUUUCAUGCCCGAGGAGAGAGCCGUCGGCGCGCUUUGGAGCAGCAUGUGGGUGCGAUGCGGUGUUGACGUGCCGGAAGCCAAGAUGCUUGAUCCAAGUAUUCUCGGAGGAGCGCUGAAGAAGAAACCUGGUGGUGGCUGA